AUGUUUUUGUUACUACUGCCAUUAGUGUUAGUCCUGGUGUACCACUACGUCACCAGAAACCACGACUAUUGGGAGAAACGAAAUGUGAAAUAUGAGAAACCUGUACCUAUUUUUGGAACUUUAUACGAUAAUCUCGUAGCCAAGAAGAGCAUUACAGAAAUAUCUGUGGAGAUGUACAACAAGUAUCCAAAUGAACCAGCAGUCGGGAUAUACCGAGGCACAACACCCGAGCUCAUCAUACGAGACCUAGACGUAGUCAGAAGGAUUCUAAACGUGGAUUUUGCAUAUUUCUAUCCAAGAGGAGUAGGAAGGAACCCCAAGGAAGAACCAGUAUUUCUUAAUCUUUUCCACGUUGACGGCGACAUGUGGAAGCUGUUGAGACAACGCUUGACACCAACAUUCACGACAGCCAAAUUGAAAAACAUGUUCCCUCUAGUAGUGCAGUGCGCGGAGAAGUUGCAGACAGUGGGUGAAAACAUCGUGAGUCGUGGCGGAGACUGUGAUGUACGUGAACUGAUGGCUCGCUUCACCACCGAGUUCAUAGGUGCCUGUGGUUUUGGUAUUCAGAUGGACAGUAUCAAUGAUGAGCACUCCCUCUUCAGAGCACUAGGCAAAAAAAUGUUUCAAAGAUCAUGGAAGAAUUAUCUAGUUGUUGCAUUAUAUGAUCUAUUCCCUGAAUUUAGAACUAUUAUUCAAAAAUCUUUACGUGAAACUGAAAUAAUGGAUGCUAUAUCAGAAAUAGUGGAGAACAUUCGUAAACAGAGAAACUACAAGCCCAUUGGACGUAAUGACUUUAUAGACUUACUGUUGGAACUCGAGAGUAAAGGUAAAAUUGUGGGAGAAUCUGUGGAGAAGAGAGACGCUAACGGAAAGCCAGAACAGGUAGAAAUGGAGAUGGAUCUCACUUGUAUGGUGGCACAAGUGUUCGUGUUCUUUGCCGCUGGGUUUGAGACAUCUUCAUCAGCCACAAGUUUCAUGUUACAUCAGCUAGCGUUCCAUCCUGAGGAACAGAGAAAGAUUCAGGAGAAUAUCGAUCAGGUUCUAGCGAAAUAUGACAACAAACUGUGCUAUGACUCCAUCAGUGAGAUGACAGCUCUGAGUAAUGGAUUCAAGGAGGCCAUGAGACUGUUCCCCUCUCUGGGCACGUUGCACAGGGUGUGUGCACAGAAAUACACAAUUCCAGAAAUGGGUAUCACCCUCGACCCCGGUGUGAAGAUCAUAGUUCCAGUGCAAGCUAUACAAGUCGAUGGAAAAUAUUUUGAAAAUCCCACAGAGUUUAAUCCAGACAGGUUCAACGAUACGUCUGCGGACAGACAUAAGUUCGCAUACCUGCCCUUCGGUGAAGGACCCAGACAAUGUAUUGGUGAGUGUGCCCGACUUGGCGAGAUGCAGUCCCUAGCAGGACUAGCAGCAGUACUACACAAGUUCAGCGUAGAACCAGCAGCCAAUACAAAACGCCAUCUAGAGGUCAACCAUGGAAGUAACACGGUGCAAUCAAUAAAGGGAGGAUUACCUUUGAAAUUAAGACUGAGAAGCAAACAAAGUCAGGUUGCUGCCUAG